GACCUACCCACUCACAGCAGAGGCACACGCCAAGUAGUAGCACGAGCACUACAGAUAAGAAUGAGAAUGCCAAUAUCUUCACAGACCUAUCAGCACCAGCACAAAGAAAACCUCCUAAACCGAGGGGAAUUAACUGGAAAUCCCAUAUCGGAGAGCAGCUUAAUUUGUGGGAAACGUCUAACUCUACGUCCUCAUCUGGACCCAGCGUAGAGGACCUAGGAGAAGAACAACAAGUCGCUUGCGGUGGCGACGGAGAGAACGUUAAUGCGGCAACUUCUAGAUCUAGCAAGAAAGAUCAUGUUCGUGACCCUAGAAGUAUUGCAUCUACUCAUGAUUUUGAUUUGUCAGUCUCAGGAGGACAGUCGCCUUCGUCUACAACAGAGGGACACGCAGCUAGAGCUGGAGCUGCAUUGCCACUCCGAACAAAAUCCUCACGUUCACGAGAUGUUGAGAAUUCGCGUUUCCCCGAGCGAUCUCUUUCGUCUGGUGAGCUUACUCGGUCUGUCGAGGGGAAGACGUCCCGCACCCGAGAGGGGUUCCGAGAUGAGGACGAUGCUGUUGCUGGAGGUCUAGCAGAAAUGAUUAAGCAUGAACAAGAAGCAUUUGAAGACAGAUCGUUGGCGGGUGAAACGAACGAAGUUUUAGUCUGGUCAAGUACGGAGGCCAAUGUCGGUAACCAUGAGACAGCUGAGUCGAAAUUGCUUCCGGCCAAUCAUUCGCCUGUGGGAGUGACCUCCAGCCGAUCUUGCUCCUCUAUAUAUUCGCGUGUUAAGGCAGCUAGUCGAUCUUUAUAAUCCCACGUGGAUUCAUUAUCCUGAGUGAUUUAUUCCCCCUAGAACAACUCAAGGGCAAUAAAGUAAGGAGAAAAAAGCAAAAGGCAACUCUUCACUCAAUCAGGAUAAGUGACUGAAUCAGGGAUACCUGUAUUAAGUGUCUGGCGUUAACAUCGGUUCGCGUGGUUCUGCGUCGGCUUCUUCUACAGAGAGUACCACGCCAAAGAAGCGAGUGAGCUGGAGCGACAGCAUGGAAGUUUUCGACAUCGUCUGUCCAACUGAUGCACACGGCAGAAUCCGUCGCAAGCUGCAGCAAGUUUUCGUGGUAUGCGGCCCUUCAGAUUCCGAUGAGGAUGCGGAAACGACGGCCAGGCGAGGACCAGAAACAACUCAGCAGGCGUGGAAAACAUUACGGGUAAGAAUACUACGUACUUCUACUUCCUUGGCUAUAGUUUUGGUUUAUUUACUAUCCACAAGGAAUGUCGUAUUAUAUCGAGCAUGUUAGGAUGAACAAUGAAUUAUAGGGUUCUGGGUCUAAAAAUGUGGGCUCAGCGCUUUUGUCGGCGAUCAUCGUACCGCGGUAAGCGAUCCUCCACUGAGCAGUGGACCAAGAAGGGGAAGAACAUCAAAGGGGUAGAUGAGAAGCGCGUUACAGGGCGAUCGGUUCCCAUCGGCUGGCACGUCAUUAAGGCAAACUUAGCAUCAUAAUCCCCUUAGAUCAUCAUGAUUCUUGCAACCCAGAGAGGAUACCCUUAGAUCAUGAUCGUUGCCAUCAAUUUUUCCAGGGGAACAGAACUAGCGUCGCCCAAAGUAAGAUAUGCCUCUCAGACUCAGCCAAGGAAGAUGUGACGCGGUACUUUGCUCUAAUAACAUGGCUGACACUGAGCCAGAUGCAGAUCUAGAGGAGUCUAGUGGGGCUGGGGACGACACUGCAGCAGACUUAGAAGAACAGGAGAUGGGAGAGUCUGGGACUGGAGAGAGUUCGAACCGGGAAUCUGAACAAGAAGAAGCGGAAGGGCGCAUUCUUCGGGGUCCUCUGCAUUCUGCAGAUUCAGCUUCGGGGAGAAAGCUCAGAGCCAUUCUGGAUUUCCUCGGUGAAGUGGAUAGGCGUCCCAGGUGUCGUGAAACUAAAGCCACCAGUCAAGACGAGCAUUUUUCUUCUUCCCGGCGACACAAACACAAUGUUGAGCAGAAUGAGAAACUGGUUGAUGAUCGUGAGAGGCGUGCUCCGUCCCUUAGACGGGGUCGGAGCGUGGAGGGAACGACCGCGGCGAGAGAAUCGCAAUCUUCAGGCUCCUCGUCUGAGAGGACACAGAGACGGAACAAAUUUGUCUCUGAGUCUUUAGCUUAAGACUGGUGGUUAACCAGGUGUGUCGCGUUAUAAGCUAGACUUGGAAAAUAUAGUCUACCUCGGUACUGCGGUUUUACUUGUUGAAGCUGGAGAAUGUAGUUAAUGAAGAUCAUUGCAGUGGCAAAGUGAUCCUAUUUGGAUCUUCUCUUAGAGCAUUUGAUACUGAAACGGACCAUCAGAGCACUUUUUGCUCCAGCUCUAACUUUGGGAUUCGAUUUGCUGCGCACUAGAAACCGAGACUCGUGGUAACGGCGGGUGCAAUUCGCCAAUCCAAUGCAAUCUUCCAUACGGGUGUAGUUGCUGUUGUAGCAUUAGUAUAACCCGUGAGGAAGGGGAAGAGGAGGCUUUGCGUUUCGCGAGCCCCAAUGAUUCUACUAGUGCAGGAAAUUUUUAUAGUGGGAACACAAGGAAAAAUGCCACGACCUCCGUUAAUCGCGCAUCAUCUACUGGCGCAAGUAGUAGUCUUGGACGUUCAGCGUCGAGGUCGGCGAGAACGCCUUGUUCGGGUGUGCAAGUAGUACUUCCCAUGUGCAACUCUACCGAUGUGCAGGGUACUACAACUUCUCACCUUUGUUCUGUAGUAACAAGUACAUCAACCGAAGAGCAAAGUAAUCCUCGGCAGGCACGUGCGUUAAUCGCGUCGGAAGUAUUCCUGCCUAGCAGUUGUACCUGCAGUAAUACGACCCAUGAGGUGGAGGCGGACCUCGAGCUAAAUCAUCAUUUAGUGGAUGAUGGGAUGAUGGUACCCGCAGCAUAUCAGCAAAACAUAAAUAACGCGGACUUGUGGUCUGACGCACCAGAGCUAUUUUUACGGAGAAGAUCAUCUCCCAGCACAUCCUCAACACGAACUUCCUCGAAGGAUCGAAAAAGUAGUGGUGCGUCAUCAUCUUCCGCCCAUAGACGUGGUAGUUCCUCGGAUUCUUCUCCGAGUCUCAGGUUUAACCACGAUAACCACUUGGAUAACAAAACUAAGAGUGGAAGUAGAUGGCAAGUAGAUGGCGGUGACACGACAUCAAUACCAAUUAUAGAAGGAAGAUCUUUUUUUACUUCACAACAAGAGGAUCAGUCUGGUUGGAUGGCAUCCUGGAUCUCUUCCUGGAUGCAGCUUUCUCCGCCAUCCUGCUGCACCACCGUGCAUUUUCCGCGUGAUCGAUAUCAUCGACUUGCGUCACUGCGGAGCCCUGUGAAAAUAGAGGCUCCAGAGGCAAGCGAUUCCAGUAUGCCUGCGUUUGUUUAA